UCAAUACACAUUGAUCUGUUCCAGAGUUAACAGUGAAAUUAAAUUCGCAAUUUCGAUCUUCUUUGUUACUAAAGAUAAAUUCAAAGAUGUUUAUUCACCUCUUUGCCCUAGCUCUUUUAGCUACAGCUCAAGCUCGUUACAUCGCUUUAGAUGAUUUAAAAAUACAACCUUACGUAAUUGACGUUGCCAACCUCGCACAAGAUGACUUCGAAGACGCGUUAUCGGAGCAGGCUUUUGAAUCUGUACAUCCGGGUUAUCUUAAUCGGGUCAGGCGUGAGCUCGGUAGCAUGAGCAGUUUGAGCACCAAUGCCGAUGGAAGUGUAAAUUUGAACUUGAAAGUUCCCAUCGUCCGGGGUGAGAGCAACGUGCUGAGUGCUGUAGGAUCAGCUUCUGGGAUACAGCAGUCUGAGAGUGGUUACAGAGCAGCUGGGGUGAAGCCUGGUCCAGGAUAUGCCGCUGCUGGUGGUGGUUUUGCGCUUGACAAUAUCAACGGGCACGGACUAAGUGUGACCGGUCAGCACAUUCCCGGUCUCGGGAACCAGGCGACGGCGGCGGGGCGGCUGUUGCUCGUCAACGCGCCCAACCACAAGCUGGGCGCCAACGCCUUCGUCACCCGGGCCAUGCCCAACAUCCACAACCUACCCAACUUCAACACUUAUGGCGGGAGUGUGGACUAUACUUUCAAGGACAAAAUCGGCGGUUCUCUAGGCAUGGCGCACACGGACCUGUUCAAGAAGACGGACUACUCGGCCAUGGGCCACCUGAACCUGUUCCGCGGCCCCUCCACCUCGCUGGACCUCAACGCCGGCUGGACCAAGUCCCAGUCGUCCAACCCCGCCUACAACAACAACUGGGCGCCGCAGGGCGGUCUGUCGUUUACGAAGUAUUUUUAAAUUGAUUUUUUAGGUUAGAACUACACCAUCCUCCAAAGAAUAGGGUAUAAAUGUGUAUUGAUAUUAUUAUUACUUACUGUGUAAUAUGAUAUUUACUUAUAAGAAUUUAAUAAAUAUAAUUAUGAACAAA